CUCUCUAUAGAUCGUGUAUAAUCUGAUCCGUUCCGAUCACAAAAUUUCGUGUCGUCGGCUUCAAAAGAAGAUCAUAGAACUCACCACUCGAUGGCCCUCAAUCUCCGCCGUAAACAGCUUGAGUGUGUGAUCCGGAUGCUGAACCUGAACCAAGCUUUGGAUCCAAGCGAGGUAUUCUACAAGGUCUUGAUCCACGACGAUUUCGGCAAGAAUAUUAUCGCUCCUUUAAUGCGAAUAGAGGAUAUUCGUAGACAAAGUGUUACACUUGUGUUGCCCAUCUAUAAUCAAGAGAGAAAGCCUGUUCCUGCUGUAGCUGUCUACUUUGUUCAACCCACUGAAACCAACAUCAAGAGAAUCUUAGCAGAUGCUUCCAAAUCUCUCUACGACACCUUUCACCUUAAUUUCUCGUCUUCCAUCUCUCGCCCGCUCCUCGAAAGCCUCGCUUCGGGUACUCUCAAUUCAGGUUCCGUUGAAAGGCUUGCAAAGGUGCAUGAUCAGUAUCUUGAGUUUGUGACUUUGGAAGAUAACUUUUUCUCCUUGGAGCAACGCUCUGUCUAUCUUCAGCUGAACGCUCCACCAGCAACUGAUGGAGACAUUAAGGAGGUAAUCGAAAAGGUUGCAGAUGGGCUCUUCUGUGUAUUGGCAACGCUUACUGUGGUGCCUGUUAUACAAUGUCCUCGUGGAGGACCAGCAGAGAUGGUUGCAUCUUCAUUGGAUCAGAAACUGAGGGAUCAUCUUAAUUCGUCCAAGAACAAUCUGUUUACAGAAAGGUCUUUUCAGCAGCGGCCUUUGCUGUGCAUUUUCGAUAGAAACUUUGAACUCUCGGUCGGGAUUCAACACGACUUCAGAUACCAGCCUCUUGUUCACGACGUUUUGGGACUAGAGCUCAACAGUUUGAAUUUGCCAGGUGAAAAUGGUGGGAAGCAAAAAUUUGUAGACAUUUCAGACCAGUUUUGGUCGGCCAACGGUUCUCUAGAUUUUCCUCAAGUCGCCAUGGAGAUCGAGACUCAGUUAAACAAGUACAAGAGAGACGUGGAAGAGGUUAACAUGAGAACAAGCGGUGGGAGGAAAAAUAGUGCAGAGUUUGAUGGGACUGAUCUGAUCGGGAACACCAAGCAUUUAAAAGAUGCUGUGAACUCACUUCCAGAGUUGACAGAGAGAAAGAAAGUAAUCGACAAGCACACAAACAUAGCGACCUUGCUCUUAGGAGAGAUCAAAGAGCGAUCUCUGGAUGUGUACACGGAGAAAGAGAAUGACAUGAUGAUGAGAGGCAGCAUAGACAUGAGCGAUCUACUCUCUGUUCUGAAAGGGAAAGGUAGUAAGAUGGACAAGCUACGUUUUGCCAUCAUGUACCUAAUAUCGUCGGAAACCAUAAACCAGUCCCAAGUUGAAGCCGUGGAAGCUGCGUUGCGUGAAGCUGAGGCUGAUACAAGCGCGUUUCAGUAUGUGAAGAAGAUCAAGUCCCUGAAGAACGUCUCUGUGGCAGCCUCGGCAAACUCCUCUGCCAGUGGAGGGAACAUUGUUGAUUGGGCUGAGAAGCUCUAUGGCCAGUCCAUAAGUGCGGUCACUGCAGGAGUCAAGAACCUCUUGUCCAGUGAUCAGCAACUGGCGGUGGUCCGGGCUGUUGAAGCUUUAACCGAGGGAGAACCGAACUCAGAGACAGAUUCAUACCUGAUGCUGGAUCCGAGAGCUUCAAAGUCAGGCUACAGUGGUGGUAGCAGCCAUGGGAAGGGGCCGUUCAGAGAAGCAAUAGUUUUUAUGGUCGGUGGGGGUAACUACGCUGAAUAUAAUAGUUUGCAGGACCUCUCGCAGCGUGAGAAGACGGUCAAGAACAUUAUAUAUGGAGCCACAGAGAUCCUUACCGGAACUGAGCUCGUCGAGCAGCUCGCACUCUUGGGACAGAAGAUGGGACCGACAUAGACAGGCCGGCUUCUAAGAAAGAUGUUUGAUAAGUUCUUGGUGUUCUUAUAAGUUAGUCUAUCGGGUGCAAGUGUUUCUUGUGGGUUUAAGUUUAAGAUGGGUUAAUAGUAAUAUUCAUUUUAUUCUCAACUAUUAAACAA